GAACCCGCUGGAUGCCGUCUGCAACAUGCCUCGACCGGACGCAAUCUGUGUGAGCAAUCUGCGAAGUGCCAAAAAGCUCGACAAAGCCGUCCUCACCGACCGACCGGAUGUGAAGAUCUUCCUACCGUUCCGGUUCUACUUCUACCGGGUCGAAGAACUGUUCACGCCCAACACCUACAACAAAUUCCUAGUUGCCCCCGGCGGUGAUCAUCUGAUUUCGCUGAUCGACGAAAUUUCCUACGUGUCACCACCGUCGCCGAUGCUGUCCCAAAUCGAGGACAUCCCACCAGAGCAGUUCUGCAACGGUGACAACCGCCCACCAGACUGCGGCCCGAACUGCAUGUGCACCCACACCGUUGACAUUCCACUGAACGCGAUCGUCGAAGUCGUCAUGGUAGAUGAAGUCCAACAAGACAAUCUGAGCCAUCCGUUCCACUUGCACGGUCACUUGUUCAACGUGAUCGGUAUGGGCCGCUCACCCGAUACCACCGUCAAGAAGAUCAACCUGCGCCAUGCUCUCGAUCUGGAUCGCCGCGGUCUGCUGAACCGACAGUUCAACCUGCCCCCACUGAAGGAUACAAUCGCCGUCCCCAACAAUGGCUACGUCGUGAUGCGGUUUAGAGCCAACAAUCCAGGCUACUGGCUAUUCCAUUGCCACUUCCAGUUCCACAUUGUGAUCGGUAUGAAUCUGGUCGUUCACGUCGGUUCCAAGGCCGAUCUUCCCCCAGUGCCACCAAACUUCCCACGGUGCGGAAACCACAUACCUCCGAUCAGGUUCAAUUAGGGCAGUGUAGUUUAAGGCACACUAGGUAAGCAAUUGUAGUGAAAUGCACAGAAGACGUCGCUCAUGGACUUGGAGAGGACUCGUACGGAAGCAGAAACAGAGACAGACUGCCUGACAGACGAACGUACAAGCUGGGAGCUAUUACAUAGUUUGAACAGAGAGAAUUUAAAGAGGAUGUGUAAUGUUGUUCAUACCUAAGCGCUUUAUAGUCGUAAGUUAGAAAAAUUGUUUCGUUGUAAUCCUCUGAAUUUUUGGGGUUUUCUGAUUUUGUAUCUAUAUAAAUUG